CAGUUUACUCUUAUUCUUCAACACCAGCGCAACAAGGUUCAUUUUGGAGAAGGAGUGCCUUCACACAUUUUCUUGGUGUUUGAGUCAAAGAGAGACAAAGCUGAGGAUGAAGCUGAUUCUGGCCCUCGUUAUCUGCUGCCUCGCCCUGCAUAACGGAAAGGGAGCGCCCACAACUGCUGUGUAUAAGUUUGUGAGAUGUAACCCCGAGGGUGACCAGGCCAACUGUGUCACUCAGAAAAGUACAGAAAUGGCAUGGAGUCCAGACCUACCAGCCAAACUGCCUGCUGCCACUGCACAGUAUCUAGAGGCUGAGCCUGAGGAGGAUGGAGGUGAGAGUCCAACAUGGGAGGAGGAGGGAGUGGAUGAGAUGGAAGAGGAGUACGAUGAGGGAGUAGAGGAGGGUGAAUCGCCAAUCACAGGUGAAGAGGGAGAGUCACCUGUGGAGACUGAGGAAGGCUCUGGAGGUUAUGAAGGCUCUGGAGCUGAAGGUAGCUUCCUCGCAGACUGGGCCUUUGCACCUGGCUCCGGUGAGUCUGGGAUCGAGAAAGACGCGAAGCUAUACAAAGAUGAGAAACCCAGCGGCAUGAGGAGAUUGUUUCCCAGCAGGCCUGUGUUUGGUGAGGCAAAACCAGCAGAGCAGGAGCUGAGAGAAGACCACCUUCUGCUGUAGAAUACACACCCACCCAGUCAGAGACACAUAAACAAGGCUAGCAUCUGUUUCAUCUCUACCUUGUGUGUUCAAAUAGUAAAACAAAUAUUGCAUCACUACCUGGUGGUGUAAAACAUGGUUGCUCAGAGUUUGACAAAGGCCAAAUAUAUAUAUUUUAUAUUCUCAAUGUUAUUGGUGGGAAUUACUCUUUUCAGGGGCAAAAGACUGUAAACAUUGAAAAAGUAGCUGCCAAAGUAAAAGAAUGGUCUGCAUAAAUGAGACGUAUACACACUUUAAUUUAGUUUAAGUUGGCAGGGACCUGUAUUUUUGCUUUCUUGUGGAAAAAAAUAUGUAAGUUUUACUGUGCUUUUUACUAUAAAAUUUGAAAUAUGCUUUCGAAUAGUUGUAAUACCUGUGCAAUAAGAUGACACCUUCGUCCACGUGUUGCUCAUUCUGUAUAGCCGUGGUCCUAACCUUUUUUUUUUUUUUUUUUUAAGCUAUGAGUCAUGUGUUCCACAAAAACAAAGACUUAUUUAUAUUAUUUGAUCCCUUUGUCUCAAAUGUUUUGACACUUUACACUUACCCAGGAGAGUUAUAUAACAUUGUUUGGGAACUUCUGGUCUGCAAAGUUGCAAAGAGAUCCUCGCAAACCCAAACCCCUCAGGAACGGAUUCACGCAAUCUUAACCACUGUGAGCUGAAACAUAGUAUCAGAAUAUGUACUGUGCACAUGCAUGCAUUUUAACAUGCUCUGCGUUGUCUAAUUUGCAUUUGAAAUACAAUAAAGGAUUUAUAACAAUAGUA